GAAAUAUUUACAAGAUUUGGCUGAUGGCAUUUAGCCAUGAUAAUCGUCCAAGGUUCAAAGAUGAUGAAGACAGAUCAUUAUACUCUGAGUAUGGUUAUGGAAGAAAAUCUAGACCUUCUUUAGAUAGAGUUUUCAAAAAUGUAAAGUGGGGAUUCAAGAAGCCAUUAAGUUUCCAUUCACAUAAGGAUCCUGACCACAAGGAAACAUCUAGUAUUACUCGGAAGAACAUCAUAAACCCGCAAGAUUCGUUUCUCCAGACCUGGAACAAAAUAUUUCUAUUUGCUUGUGUGGUUGCUUUGGCUAUUGAUCCCUUGUUUUUCUACAUUCCCAUUGUCGAUGGCGCAAGGCACUGUCUUGCUUUGGACAAAAAUUUGGAGAUAGCUGCAAGUUUUCUUCGGACACUCAUCGAUGCCUUUUACAUUAUUCACAUUGUGUUUCAGUUCAGGACAGCUUACAUCGCUCCUUCUUCGCGGGUUUUUGGAAGAGGUGAAUUGGUAGAUGAUGCUAAGGCUAUAGCUAUAAAGUAUCUCUCAUCUUACUUCAUCAUUGAUGUACUCUCUAUCCUUCCUCUCCCACAGAUAGUAGUUUUAGCCGUUAUUCCAAGCGUCAACCAGCCAGUCUCUUUGUUCACAAAAGACUACCUUAAAUAUGUCAUAAUUGCUCAAUAUGUUCCUCGUAUCCUCCGUAUGUAUCCGCUUUACACUGAAGUGACCAGAACAUCUGGCAUUGUUACUGAAACAGCAUGGGCUGGAGCUGCUUGGAACCUCUCUCUCUAUAUGUUAGCCAGUCAUGUAUUUGGAGCUUUAUGGUACUUAAUCUCAGUAGAACGAGAAGACAGAUGCUGGCAAGAGGCAUGCGAGAAGACAAAAGGUUGUAAUAAGAAAUUUCUCUACUGUGCAAACGAUCGCAAUGUUAGCAACAAUUUCCUGGCCAAUUCUUGCCCAUUUCUCGACCCUGGUGAUAUAACAAACUCAACCAUCUUCAACUUUGGCAUCUUCACUGAUGCUCUAAAGAGUGGGGUUGUUGAAUCACAUGAUUUCUGGAAGAAAUUCUUCUACUGCUUCUGGUGGGGUCUGCGAAAUCUGAGUGCAUUGGGACAGAAUCUCCAAACAAGCAAAUUCGUUGGUGAAAUCAUAUUUGCUAUAUCAAUCUGCAUAUCUGGACUAGUCUUAUUUGCGCUACUUAUCGGCAAUAUGCAGAAAUACUUGGAAUCAACAACAGUUCGAGAGGAGGAAAUGAGAGUGAGAAAGAGAGAUGCAGAGCAGUGGAUGUCUCAUAGAAUGUUACCUGAAGACCUGAGGAAACGUAUCAGAAGAUAUGAACAAUAUAGAUGGCAAGAGACAAGAGGAGUCGAAGAAGAAACCCUUCUUCGUAACCUUCCUAAAGACCUUAGAAGAGACAUUAAACGCCAUCUCUGCCUUGAUCUCCUCAAGAAAGUACCUUUGUUUGAGAUAAUGGAUGAGCAGUUACUUGACGCGGUUUGCGAUAGGCUAAAACCUGUGCUAUACACAGAGAACAGUUACGUGAUCCGUGAAGGAGAUCCUGUUGCGGAAAUGCUGUUUGUGAUGAGAGGAAGACUUGUAAGUGCCACCACUAAUGGAGGAAGAAGUGGGUUCUUCAAUGCCGUGAACCUAAAGGCAAGUGAUUUCUGCGGAGAAGAUCUUCUCCCAUGGGCAUUAGAUCCUCAAUCUUCUUCUCACUUUCCCAUCUCGACGAGAACAGUUCAAGCUCUCACCGAAGUCGAAGCCUUUGCUCUUACGGCUGAAGAUCUCAAGUCUGUCGCUUCACAAUUCAGACGCCUCCAUAGCAAGCAGCUCCAACAUACUUUCAGGUUUUAUUCAGUGCAAUGGAGAACAUGGAGCGUGUCUUUUAUACAAGCAGCGUGGCGGAGAUACUGUCGGAGGAAGUUAGCAAAGUCAUUACGCGAUGAAGAAGAGCGUCUCCGAGAAGCGCUCGCUAGUCAAGAUAAAGAACGCAAUGCUGCAACCGUGUCUUCGUCCUUGAGCCUUGGAGGUGCUUUUUACGCGUCGCGUUUCGCUUCAAACGCGCUUCAUAAUCUGAGGCACAAUAUAUCCAACCUUCCUCCUCGCUACACUCUUCCUUUGUUACCUCAAAAACCCACCGAGCCUGACUUCAGCGCCAAUCACACAACUGACCCUUAGAUCUCUUACAUGUGUAUAGUGUGUGGAAUAAAGUGUGAGCUAUGUAAAAACAGUGUUGGUCUGAACCAAAAAAUGUAUAAAUUUGUUUAUUAACU